UCACCUGUCACUCUGACACCCUUGACACUCAAUCAUUUUUUGAAGUAUGCCGAGGACCAUCUUGGUGUCGCAUUUGCCUCAACAUAUGAACCCUCCCUGCGUGGCAUUGGUGCAGGUCCAGAUAUACUUGCAGACAUGGCUGACCAAGAUCUUGCUCGAGUUGGGCUCAGCGCAGGUGACAUUAUUCAGCUGAAGAAAGGAAGUGUUACAUGGUGGAACGGACCUCUUGCAAAGAAUAGUUCAAAGCGUCAACGGAGCGAUACAGCUGACUCAAACAUUCCCGAGUACAAGAAAUUCCAGUAUGAGAGGAGAUACCACGAUGGGGGACGAGCACGCAUCAGUGGAAGUCGUAUGAAGCCUGAUGAGCGUCCACCGAGCAAGCGCAGGGAUCUUGACUAUGAUCUUUACUACUUUUGCGAAAAUAGGCAGAGUUGGGUUAUCUUUCCUCCUGGAUUCACAUUCGAGUCAGAGGGUGAUCGUGCAGAUACAGAAGAUCCUUUUAUUUAG